GCGAUGGUCGGCCGCCGCGGCGCGGCAAGAUGCCGGAUGGGCCCCUGCCGGCGCGCUGGCUGCCCGCCGCCUUCGGGCUGACGCUGCUGCUCGCCGCGCUGCGCCCCUCGUCCGCCUACUUCGGGCUGACCGGCAGCGAGCCCCUGACCAUCCUCCCGCUGACCCUGGAGCCGGAAGCGGUGGCCCAGGCCCACUACAAGGCCUGUGACCGGCUGAAGCUGGAGCGCAAGCAGCGGCGCAUGUGCCGGCGGGACCCGGGCGUGGCCGAGACCCUGGUGGAGGCCGUGAGCAUGAGCGCCCUUGAGUGCCAGUACCAGUUCCGCUUCGAGCGCUGGAACUGCACCCUGGAGGGCCGCUACCGCGCCAGCCUGCUCAAGCGAGGCUUCAAGGAGACCGCCUUCCUGUACGCCAUCUCCUCGGCCGGCCUGACGCACGCGCUGGCCAAGGCCUGCAGCGCCGGGCGCAUGGAGCGCUGCACCUGCGACGAGGCGCCCGACCUGGAGAACAGGGAGGCCUGGCAGUGGGGCGGCUGCGGGGACAACCUCAAGUACAGCAGCAAGUUCGUCAAGGAGUUCCUGGGCCGGCGGUCCAGCAAGGAUCUGCGAGCGCGGGUGGACUUCCACAACAACCUCGUGGGUGUGAAGGUAAUCAAGGCCGGAGUGGAGACCACCUGCAAGUGCCACGGCGUGUCUGGCUCCUGCACCGUGCGGACCUGCUGGAGGCAGCUGGCGCCCUUCCACGAGGUGGGCAAGCACUUGAAGCACAAGUACGAGACGGCACUGAAGGUGGGCAGCACCACCAACGAGGCCACGGGCGAGGCGGGCGCCAUCUCCCCGCCCCGGGGUCGGGCCCUGGGGGCGGGCGGGAGCGAUCCGCUGCCUCACACGCCGGAGCUCGUCCACCUGGACGACUCCCCCAGCUUCUGUCUGGCUGGCCGCUUCUCCCCCGGCACCGCUGGCCGCAGGUGCCACCGCGAGAAGAACUGUGAGAGUAUUUGCUGUGGCCGAGGCCACAACACACAGAGCCGGGUGGUGACGAGACCCUGCCAGUGCCAGGUGCGCUGGUGCUGCUACGUGGAGUGCAGGCAGUGCACACAGCGAGAAGAGGUCUACACCUGCAAGGGCUGAGCCCCAGAGCCUCAGCUCUGCUGCGUGGGGCGUGGCAUUGCGCACCGUGGGAGAGCCUAACCUGCAAGACUACAGACCCCUCCAUCGGAGGUGCAGGCAUUGCACACGGCACAAGGGGUCUGCCCCUGCAAGGGCUGAGCCCCAGAGCCUCAGCUCUGCUGCGUGGGGCGUGGCAUUGCGCACCGUGGGAGAGCCUAACCUGCAAGACUACAGACCCCUCCAUCGGAGGUGCAGGCAUUGCACACGGCACAAGGGGUCUGCCCCUGCAAGGGCUGAGCCCCAGGCCUGGCCAGCUCCACGGAAUGGGUGAUGGGCGUUGCACAUAGUACAAAGGGUCUCCCACCGGGAGAGCUGAGCCCUGAGGUCCGACCAGCCCUGCUUUAUGGGAUGGAGGAUUGUGCACAGUACACAGAAUCUAUACUGCGAGGCCUGGGGGCCUCCCCGGCCCACUGGGGCCUCGGCGUGCAGCGGCCAGUCAGCUGAGUCGGCCCUGCCCCCUCUCAAAGCUCAGCGGUAACAGAGGUGACCGCCAGUGUCCCA